CCCAGGCAGCGCAGCCUAGGGAGGGGGCUGCCCCGGCCCCCUCCCGCAGCCCCGGCCCCCAGAGGCUCGGCCUUCCUCGUAGGAAGGCGACGUCUCCGAUGCCAGGUCCGGGUACCAGCAGCCGAGAACACCCGGGUCCCGGAGCCAACAGGCUCCGAGUGCCCUCGCUCCCCGCGCCUUCCAAGAGUCCCCCGCAGCCCCCGAGGUGCAGGAAGGUCCCGUGGACGGGGAGGGCCUGCCGGCGUUCAGUGGGGGUACCCUAAUAAUGGUAACCCGAAACGUCCCCUAAACUACCAUCUUGAACCAGGUUCUUGGUGAAGCACUUGGCAAGCAUCGGAGCUCAUUACUCCUCAUCGCGGCCCUGUAAGGAAGUUUGGAGCUGAGAUCCGAAAAGAACUGGGUGCAAGCCUCCAGGCACCCUGAGGGGAGUGGGCUGAGGGCUGGCCCAAGUUCCCUCCUCCCCCUCUGCAGAGCCUAGGAUGCCCCUCCGCCGCAGCGGCUCCUGAGCUCAUGGAGCCCUCAGCCACCCCAGGGGCCCAGAUGGGGGUCCCCACUGGCAGCAGGGAGCCAUCCCCUGUGCCGCCAGACUAUGAAGAUGAGUUUCUCCGCUAUCUGUGGCGCGAUUAUCUGUACCCAAAACAGUACGAGUGGGUCCUUAUCGCAGCCUAUGUGGCUGUGUUCCUCGUGGCCCUGGUGGGCAACACCCUGGUCUGCCUGGCUGUGUGGCGGAACCACCACAUGAGGACGGUCACCAACUACUUCAUCGUCAACCUGUCCCUGGCUGACGUUCUGGUGACUGCCAUCUGCCUGCCGGCCAGCCUGCUGGUGGACAUCACUGAGUCCUGGCUGUUCGGCCAUGCCCUCUGCAAGGUCAUCCCCUAUCUACAGGCCGUGUCCGUGUCAGUGGCAGUGCUGACUCUCAGCUUCAUCGCCCUGGACCGCUGGUAUGCCAUCUGUCACCCACUAUUGUUCAAGAGCACAGCCCGGCGGGCCCGUGGCUCCAUCCUGGGCAUCUGGGCUGUAUCGCUGACCGUCAUGGUGCCCCAGGCUGCAGUCAUGGAAUGCAGCAGUGUGCUGCCCGAGCUAGCCAACCGCACACGGCUCUUCUCGGUCUGUGAUGAACGCUGGGCAGAUGACCUAUAUCCCAAGAUCUACCACAGUUGCUUCUUCAUUGUCACCUACCUGGCCCCACUGGGCCUCAUGGCCAUGGCCUAUUUCCAGAUAUUCCGCAAGCUCUGGGGCCGCCAGAUUCCCGGUACCACCUCAGCACUGGUGCGAAACUGGAAGCGCCCCUCAGACCAGCUGGGGGACCUAGAGCAGGGCCUGAGUGGACAGCCCCAGCCCCGGGCCCGCGCCUUCCUGGCUGAAGUGAAGCAGAUGCGUGCGCGGAGGAAGACAGCCAAGAUGCUGAUGGUGGUGCUGCUGGUCUUUGCCCUCUGCUACCUGCCCAUCAGUGUCCUCAAUGUCCUUAAGAGGGUGUUCGGGAUGUUCCGCCAAGUCAGUGACCGCGAAGCUGUCUACGCCUGCUUCACCUUCUCCCACUGGCUGGUGUACGCCAACAGUGCUGCCAACCCCAUCAUCUACAACUUCCUCAGUGGCAAAUUCCGGGAGCAGUUUAAGGCUGCCUUCUCCUGCUGCCUGCCUGGCCCGGGUCCCUGCGGCUCUCUGAAGGCCCCUAGUCCCCGCUCCUCUGCCAGCCACAAGUCCUUGUCCUUGCAGAGCCGAUGCUCCGUCUCCAAACUCUCUGAGCAUGUGGUGCUCACCAGCGUCACCACAGUGCUGCCCUGAGUGAGGGCUGCCCUGGAGGCUCCAGCUCAGGGGAUCUGCCCCUACCCGUCAUGGAAAGACAGCUGGACGUGGUGAAAGGCUGGGGCUUCAGUUCUGGGUUUCUGCCUGUGUGAUUCUGGAUAAGUCACUUGCCCUCUCUGAGCUUGUGUCCCCUAAGCAGGGGUGAUGUGAGGAUUAAGCAUGCUGAAGCAAGUGGAAAGCUCCUUGUAAA